AUGGCUGUUUGGUCCCAGAGUUUGUAUAUUGUCGUUCCCCUUGUUCUUGUCAUCCUCGGACAUUGGUCGCUGCUAUUACAAGGUAUGGCUAUCAUGUCAGACGAAAAUAAUAUGGUUGGCUCAUUCUUUGAUGUGAAAGCCACCCAGCUAAAAGCAGAAUAUAUACCUGGCACCGGUUGUGCCAUCACGCAAACGAACAACACUAUCCUUGCCGCAACGUUUAUCUACUCUAUGUGUUUCGAUGCCCUUGUGAUGGUGCUGAGUGCUAUUAAGCUGCUGCGCCGCCAGGGAAGAUCGCAGGUUGUCGCGCUUCUGUUCAAGGAUGGUCUGAUUUAUUUCAUCGCCUCGUUUAUCGCCAACUUGAUCGCUACGGUGUUCAUGGUUUUGAACCUCAACUCGGUCAUGAGCGUCAUUUUCAAUGUGCCUGCCGCUGUUGUAUCUACAACAUUUUCGUGUCGUGCCGUGCGUCGCUUGACUACAUUCAAAUUACAGGGUCCAGAGGUCUUCCAAUCAAGCAGUGGUUCCGGCGGCGUUCUCAACUUCUUUUCUGGAAAUGUACCCGCCUCUGGUGAUCGUCAGAAGCAAACUGUCCCGAGGGACAUGUCGGGUGUGCAUGUACAGAUGCAAACAUUCACUGUGGCAGAUGAUGUGCGAAAUUACUCGCGGGAUGCGCGGCCAAGGGCAGUGGACCUUGAGUCGGCUGACACUGUGCUGGACCUCAAGCCGGAGGCUCUUUGA